GUGCUUUUCCUAAUCCCAUUGAAGAUUGGCUGGCAAUUCAAAAUGAUCGCAAAAGUGCACUGGCUUCUGCUUGCCUGAAGAACAACCUUCUUAAAUCAAGAAGCAAAUUGGAUUCUCGUGUUGCAAACCAGCUCUUUGUGGAGCACAAACAUAAAUUUAUCUACUGUGAGGUGCCCAAGGUAGGCUGCUCCAACUGGAAGAGAAUAAUUUUUCUUCUCCAAGCAGGCUUGAAUAUGGAUGCCUCUGAAAUUGAGCACGACCACAUCCACCAAACCUCGCUGAUCAAAAAGCUGGUGGCUUACCCUCCUGCCAUACAAAAGGAAUUUCUGAACAAUUACACCAAAGUGAUGUUCACCAGACAUCCCUUGGAACGGCUGGUUUCAGCUUACAGAGACAAACUUCUGCACUCUGAGCCGUUCUACAGUAUCACUGUUGCUAAUGAGAUUAGAGCAAUGUUCAGGAAAAACAAAAAUUCUUCUGAAAAAGUGAGUUUCCAGGAGUUUGUCAACUUCAUUACAGCAAAACCGCCAAAUACUCUUGACAUUCACUGGAAACCAAUGUCUCUGCUCUGUGAUCCUUGCAACAUUCACUAUGAUAUUCUGGGGAAGUAUGAAACUCUUGGGUUAGAUUCCGAGCAUGUUCUGAAGGUCAUUGGAGCACCAGAGAGCCUGCACUACCCCAGCUUGAAGAGGUAUGGCUCAGAGAAACGAACUGAUGGUGAUAUCACCUUGGAGUAUCUCAGACAAUUGAACUCGGAACAAAUGGAGAAGAUAAAAAAAUUGUAUCAAAUGGACUUUUUCUUGUUCAGCUAUGCUACGAAAUAUGAGGAUUAUUUUUCUCUGAAUGACUAGUGUAGGUUAAACAAAGAACAGUUUCCUUUGUACAAAAUGGGUUUAACUUGUCCUCACAGGUGAUUGAUAGGUGGGUUGGUGACUGUCUGCUGCUCAGAUUUUACUGGUGUUUGGAGACAUGGUUUAUCGUCCUAGAGCACUCUCAUACCAAAUCCCUGCCAUGAGCUGUUGUUCUAUGCAGUACUUUAGCUAUAUGAAAUAGUCUUUCU